AUGCACUUUCAAUCGCAUGUUUCCACAACUACCGUCCAAACAUUUCUUUUCGCUGAUGACUGCACCCUCAGUGAAACUAAUGAAGAAGACAUGCAAAGGAGCAUGGAUCUGUUCUCCGCCGGCUGUGGGAACUUCCGGCUGAUUAUACACACGGACAAGACGGUGCUCAUGCACCGACUGCCACCUAACGCUGCCCACAAUGCGCUGCAAAUCAGCGUGAACGGCGCCCAACUGCAAGUCGUGGACAACUUCACCUACCUGGGCAGCACGCUCUCCCGCAGCACCAAAAUCGACGAUUAA